AUGCAUCGUAUUCCACCGAUGAUCUGUGAUGGAUCUCGGGAGGUUUGGAGUCGCGAGCCUACAAGUCAUCGGUGGAUCAUCAGACCUCCAACCACUGCUCAUCAGGUCUCCCCAAAAAAAUCGGUCGUCCAUAUCAGUUGUUUCAAGUCGAAUACAUAUGCUAAAUUCACUGCUCAUCUACGAACAACCCGAAAGUUACUAUUUGCACCUUUGUUGGAGGGCUCAAAAAAGAAAUGCAAAAUCCAGAGCCUGGGUGAAAGAGAAUACCUCCUAGAUCUGAGAGGGCCAGAUUUUCUACUUUGUGGGGUUCGACAGUGCAAUUUCCAGUCUGGAAGUGAGGUGUUCUGCCUCCAACUAAGGUUCCAAAAUGUCAAAGGGCUUCUGAUGGCUGAUGAUUCUCUCUUAAAAAUUGAAUGUCAGGCGCACCGACCAAAAGCCCAUCAACUUGGCCGUUUCUCCAUCCCCGUUGAAGAGGACAGGAAAGGCGAGUUCCGUUCUGCAUCUAUUCUAGCCCGAGGGGGCGACACGGAGCCGAAAAUGGAGAGCGAUAUAUUCUUACUGCGGAAACAAGGUAGUCAGUUCAAUAGGCUGAUGCGCCCGGGGGAAACUCUCAUGUUGGGAGAGGAGUUAAUGAUUAAAACAUCAGUGCGUUCAAAAAAUGAUGAUGAUUGGCAGUUCUCUCGGAUGAGUGACGUAGUUGCUCAACGCGUAUCAAAAGUGAACACGGCUACACAGAGUAUAGACGAUGACUCAGAUGACACAGUCGUAAUCGUGGACACCGACGGAUGCCGAAACCCAAAUUUAAACGAUAUCUGCCCUUUGGACCCGGAACAAGACAAGGACGAUCCAUUGGUGACGACGCUAAUCUUGCGAGUAUUCAUGAUGGAUUCCAUGCUUGACGGUGAGGAGCUGCAAAUCACGCUUCGGACAACGGCUUGUGUUGAAUAUCACGACUGCAACCCGAACUGCUUGAACUCAGGAUCAUUGUGGCAAAAUAAACUGGUGCGUUCAAGGCGUAACACUCCUGAAAAAACAGCAAACAAGAAUUCAAGUAUCUUCAUCAAAAUUGAAGUUCCUCCUGGAAGAAUUCAACAAACUAAAGUGGCGAUUUCGGAGGACGAUCUGCAUAACCGAAAACCCAUUUUGCCUGUCAGCCUCAUUUGUAUUCUAAGUUUGAUUUUUGCAAUCGUAUACAAAACAAUAAAGUAAUGUUUUGAACUCAGUAG